UUCUUCACUGUGUCACUCCUGGUUCCACAGUGACUGAUUCUCCACAUGAAGCAGAACAGAAACCUCUGGUUGGCUGUAGGGGCUCUGGUCCCAGUCAGGACACAUCGGGAAUCAGAAGGGGAGCCCCCAACCCCCAGGGGAGCCCCAGGUGGGUGUCAGGUGAGCCCCAGGUGCGUGUCACCCAACAAGUCCUUGAAGGCUCCUCACCUGGAAUCAGUCCCUGUUCUUCUCGCUCACCGAAUGCUGCGUCUCUGCUGUGCUGCUGACUCUGGAAUAUUCUGUCAUUAAUGUGAAGAUCUGUCAGCGUUGGUUCCUCUGAGCUCCGAAGACUCGAGGCCUCGAUGUCUGGUGGAUUUCUAACGGUUUCCAUCCGUUCUCAGGACACAUCUGAGCUGUGAGGUUUUUGUGCGAGGCUGUAACACUGUGACGGUUUAAUAUUUGGGAGUCCAAUCCGUCUCACUGUCACUCCUAAAGAUGUGAGCCCCGUGACUCCGCCCCCCUUUGUGCUGCGCCCCCUGCAGGGGCCGGCCGGCCCGCAGGUCUGCCUGGCCGCUGGGUUCCGUCCGAAGGGGGGCACGAUGGUCCUGCACGGGUCCGGGCAGGACACCAACUUCAGCACCGCCGACGCCGCUCUGUCUGUGGGACGCAAGACCUACUUCUACGCCGGCUUCAGCCAGCAGGACAUCCAGUCCUGUGAGCUGCUCCACCCGGGGGAGGAGAAGAAGGAAGUGGGGCAGGAGGAGGAGGAGGAGCGGGAAGAGGACGAGGAGGAGGAGGAGGAGGAAGAAGAGGGUGGUGACCCCCCGGUGGAGCUGAACCUCCACCUGCUGCUGCUCAACCUGCUCAGGCUGAUCUUCACCAAGAGCCUGUUCUUCAGCGGCCUCCUCACCAUGAGAGCCGUGCUCUCCUAACACCCCACCACCCCCCCCCACCACCCCCACCGCUCCUGAUGGAUGACAUCGUGGUGGAGGUCACUUGUGUGAGGGCGUCUCGGUGUGACGCAGCAAAGUGAGUGAUUCCGAUUGGACUUGGGGACAUCUGGAGCGCCUCAGGGAUCGACUCUGGGACCCCUCGUUGUCUUGUAUGACCUUGAACGCGUUCACAGGUCUCUUCUUCUUGUCACUGCAGCAGCUGGAUCAGUUGGAACCACAACUCAACAGAACUGAAACCACCCAACGUUCAGACCCCAAAUAUCAGAUACGAGACAGACAGGAAGUAGCAGACGUCUGUUUGUCAGCACAUUAUCGGCGUUAACGUCACACUUGGAAAUAGGAUUACAGAAUUUAUUGUGUCACAAGCAGCCUGUGUUAUCAACUGUAAUAAUAAUAAUAUCUAUAGUAGAGAUCAAUGAGGCUACAGUUAGGAAGGUGAAGCUACUGACUGGGAUUUAUUCAUUAAUUCUUAGAAUUUAUUAUUAUUAUUGCUGAAGCUGAAGUCCUGCUGCCAGUUCAGAGUCUCGAUGACGGUCUCCUCUUGUCCUUUAAUUCAAACAUUGUUAGUUUUUAAGCACAAUGAUGGAGAAUAACAAGCUGCACUCUGUGGAUACAAACAAUAAGUUAAAUUUAAACAUGAAGUUAUGAAUCUAAACUGUCCUCUAACAGAUGUUAUGUUACCGUGAACAACAUCAAACUAAAAGUUAUGAACACUCAGCCCAGUUAUAGUAUAGUUGUAAAAGCCUUGUUAAAGUAUAGUAUAGUAUAGUUCUAGUUCAUGUAGAGGUCUGCUGUGAACUACACCUUAUAUCUCCUAAAUCGUGAGUUAAUUGUUGAGAAGGCUGAAUGUUGACAAGCCGACAAAAGAAAUGUUGCUUUAACAAGUAACUUCUUACAUGAAAAAAUCGGAAAAUAAGACAGAAAUAUAACGUUAGUAUUUAGAAACUUGCAGUUGUGUUUAUUUUCCUCCGCCAUUGUAGCCUUUUUGGGAGGAUAAAUGCAUUCUGGGAUAUUUGGCUCUCACAACAAUAGACAAGUCUGCUCCGAUGCAUUCUGGGUAAUAUUGAUGCCGCAAGUUACAUUUGGGCAUUUUGACUGUUUUGGGCGAGACGCAAAAGAAUUGGAACAGUACUCGGGCUACGACUGAUGACGUCUCACGAGUCCACAAGGCCACGAGAACACAAGGACAAAACAAGGACACAACAAGGAGAUGAGAACACAAGGACACAACAAGGAAAGGACACAAAGCCAUGAGAACACAAGGACACAACAAGGGCCCAAGGACACAACAAGGACAAGGACACAAAGCCAUGAGAACACAAGGACAUAAUAAGGGCACAAGGACACAAGGAUGCAUUUUGAGAACUUAAACAUCAGACUUGUUGACGAGAUGCUAACGUCUCUCUGCUGAUGAAGAGUUUGAACGAAGACAGGAAGCUGGAGCUUUUUAGGCCGCAGGAGCUUCAUAACUCACAGGAGAUGAAGCUGAAGACGAGUCAGAUGACCUGGAGGAGUUCUGCUAAGCUAACAGCUAGCAGUGAGGAAGAAGAGCCAUGUUGGAUCAGGACGAUAACAUCGGGUCAUCCAAUGGAGAAAGAUGAGGUCAUACUUAUUCUCUACGAUGACGAUGAUGUGAGCUUCAUCAUCAGGACCCCUCGUUGAUGCAGCUUCUUCAGACUGAAUCCAGGAGGUAAAAACUUAUUCAGGCGAAGGUCCAGAGUGAAAAGGCCCCUUUGGUCUGAUGGGGUCUGGCUCGGGUUUGUGUCCUGCUGCUUCUUGUUGUGUGAAUACUGGAGGUUACAAGAUCAUCUUUGGAACUGGGACCAGUUUAACCAUCGAACCCAAGGAGGUGUCCAAGCCGACCUUCUACAAGCUGUCGGACGGCGACACGUCGGCGUGUUUGGCAUCAGGCUUCAGCCGCAUCAAAGCGGCCAAGGAGCAGCACGCCAUCUUCAACCGCAGCACGGCGGUCCUGACCGGAGACAAGCUCUACAACCAGCUGGUCCUGUUGACCUCUGAGGAGGAGGAGGAGGCGUGUGAGGAAGCUGAAGACGACUCUGAUGUCUGUGGAGAACCUGUCAAACCAGAUGGGAGGGUGAACCUGAUGUCUGUCACCAUGUUGGGGCUCCGGCUGCUUUUCUUCAAAACCGUCGUGUUCAACGUGCUGAUGACUCUGCGGUUGUGGAUCAGUCAGUGAACUCUGCAGAGCUUCAGGAGACGAUCUGAUCAUCUUCUUCUUUAAUGUCUAAUUUUAACAUUACCGUUCAUAAUUCAUGUGUCCAUUCUUCAUACUGUAAAACAUGACAUGCUUAUAAGUGUUGUUGAUAAUCUUGUUGCUGUAAAUAUCCCAGUUACAUUCAAUUGUUUUAUUCAGUUUAAUACUUUUCAUACAUGUAACUGUUUAAAUCUGAACAAAUAAAUCUGUGAAAAUAAAGACUGAAACAAAAAGAGA